CACAUAUCCCUGAAAUGUAUACACAGAUUUUCAGUUAGAAAGGAACAUCUAAUUACUUUUUAAAACACAAUAAACUAAGAGAGUUUUUUUUAUAAUAAUUUAAAAUGUUUCGAAAUGUUCUUUUUAAAACUUUUGGAUUUGGUUGAAAUUGUGCUUCUAAAAGAUGUACUUUUAUAAAUUAUUUUUCAAUGUACUAUAUUUAUGUUUCAUUACAAAUGUGUGGAGCAUACUAAUUGAAGAAAACGCUUAUACGGGAGUGGCAAUUUCAUUUUCUGAGCACAUUAAAGAACCCUCAUUCAAGUUCGAAAAACUUAAGCAAGUUUUGCGAAAAUCAUCAGAAUUCUUAUACCAAGCAUCAAAAAAGAGAGCCUAUUUUAAAGAAUUUAUAAUAAUCCUUCCACCUCAGUGGGUGGGAGGAUUUUGCUCAGAUCGUGCAGAAGAACCUCCAGAAAAAGUAAAUAUCUUCAUAUCAGACUUACCUGGGGCUUUGCAAGCUCAAAAUAGCAAAGGAUGCGGUCAAGAAGGAGAUAUCAUUUACAUGCCACUGAAUUGGACAGAUGGAAACACUGAAGAUCUAGCUAUACAGUUUGUACAAGAGUGGUCUACCUACAGAUAUGGUGUAUUUGAAGAAACUCCUCUUAAAAAGGAUGCCUGUUAUCUAUCACCAAAUAAAAUUUGGUCGCCAGUGGGUUGUUAUAAUGCAAAGAUCGAAGCAAGCGCGACAAUGUCUGAAGAUGAUGGGUUAUCGAGCUGUAAACUACCAGAUGAAUUUGUACCUAAAGAAGACUUAAAGUCAUCACUAAUGUUCAAAAUAAACAAUACAGGGGCACGCCACUUUUGCAAUGGAAGUGAGAGCUUUCCUCAUAAUCCGGUGAUGCCAACACUCCACAAUAAUUUAUGUGAAGGAAAAACAGUUUGGUCCGUUAUAGAGAACUCAAAUGAUUUCAAGCAUGGAAAAAAUUCACCUAGUAAUUUUACUGUUCCACCAAGUCCAACUUUCAAGUGUUAUAAAGAAGAAAAUAUUCAGUUAACAUUUGCGGUUCAAAACAGUGCAUCAUCAGAUAUUACAUUGGUUGUUCAAGAACUGCGAUAUUCUCUCUAUCGUUUCAUAAGGAAUCUAGUGCCAGUAAAAUCAGCACUGAAUCUUGUGACGUUUUCAGACUCGUCUGAUGUUUCAGAAUCAGUUACCCUGAACAUCGAAGAUUACGAUGAACUGCUUGAAACUUUGGAUUCACAUGUAGUGACAACAAAAAAGACAAACGCAUGCUUGCUUUGUGGAAUUCAAAGAGCUUUGAAUGCAUCACAGUUUAAAACGCAUCCUUCUCCAAUAGUCAUCCUCAUCGCUUGGGAAAGUGCGCUCAUUGGUCAAAAAAUAUCAGAGCUCGUGAAAACAAUACAAAAUUAUCCGAAAGUUCAACUUCAUCUAAUUUUUAUAGAAGAUACAGAAACUGAUGUCUUGCCCACUGAUUUAGUAAAUGCAGUGCGAUCCACUGGCGGGUUUUUGCAUUCAUUGCCUAAACCUUAUCGAACAGAGAUUACUGACAGAUUGGUACCAAAUGUUUUAUUAUUUGAACAACUGAAUGUCAUCCUCUCUGCUGCGGUCAAAAGUCCUUUGGAAGUAGAUGACAAAAUUAUAGUGGUACAUGAAGUGACGUACAAAACUGUCUCUUCAAUAACAGAUACAUUUUCUACUCCAUCUGUUACUAAAGGGAAGUUAGUUUACAUUAUGCAUUGUGACCUCAGAGGUCAAAUAACUCGUGAGCCCAACUGUUCUUCUUGGGAUGAAGAAUACAUAGCUACUUUUAAAUGUGGAACUGUUACUGAUUUAACAGAUGAGGUGGAGCCAAAAAUGUGGACGUACAAAUUCGAAGUCAAAGAUGGUGUCAAUAAUCCAGUUUGUUCUGCUUCAGCAAUCCUUUACAAACUCUCGUCUUCUACAAACGCCAUUUCUUUGAAAGGAUGGUUAAACCAAUAUACUAUCACACCAGGGCAAAAUGUUUUAAUAAUUUAUGCAGAGAUCUCAGGGUCGUAUCAAGAAAAUACUGUACGAGUAAUUGCUCAAAUUACUGGACCUGGCAUGAAUAUACCUACAGAAGUUGAGCUCCUAGACAACGGGAAUGGUGAUCCUGAUGUUAAAUCUGGUGAUGGAAUUUAUAGUCGAUAUUUUGUAUCAUACAAAGAAAAAGGAACGUAUGCUGUAGGAGUCGUAGUAAAAAUUGCAGGACCUGCAAAUUCAAAAAAUGGAGAAAACUAUGUCGAACCUGAAAAGACACAAAGAAAAAUCAUUGGCUCAUUUAGCGUAACAGCAAAGGUUCCAGAUGUAGACAUUUUACCUCCCAACAGAGUAGCAGAUCUCAAAGUAUCUCAAAUUAUUCACGUCAACAGCACAGUUACUCUACAAUGGACAGCACCAGGAAAUGAUUACGAUUUUGGAAAAGCAUCGGCAUAUGAAAUUAAGGCAACAAAUCAUCCAGCUAAUCUAAUGGAUAUGUAUUUCGAUUCAGAAGAAACCGUGACUUUAAAAACGACACAAACUCCCCAGAACAGCGGGAGAAAAGAAAUAUUUCAAUUUAAAUUUCCAAGAAACGAUGACGAUGCUCUUUAUUACGUAGCUCUAAGAGCAAAAGAUGCCAGUGGUAACAGGGCAAAAAUUUCAAAUACUGUUCAAGUCUUUAUGAAAGGGACUAAAGUAAUUAUCCCAGAAGUAAGUACUGGAGUAACUGUUACGAAUAAUGAAAGCGUUACAGAUGAUGUGAAUGUCACAUCCACGGAAGAUAUGCAUAGUUCAACAGUAUUUUUAAUAAGUUCAACGCCCGAUACAAAGACGGACAGAUCUUGGAAGGAGAUUUUGUCAGAUACAAAAUUCAUUAUAAUUUUGUCUUCAGCAGGAGGAAUUUUACUGUUGUUUAUAUUGAUCAACAUAAUAAUUUGUUGUUGCUUUAUGAGAAAAAAGAAAGAUCCAAAAACAAUUUCGAAAAAAAAUUCUUUACGUCCACCUUACAAUAUGAACAUAGCUUACAAUAUGAACCUAGCUCGUAACCAGGAGUCUCAAUCUAUAGAUCAAAGUGAAACAGACUUGAGUGUUUCUUUACGCAACUUUACUGACAUAAAUCAAUAUUCAACAAACGAAGGUUAUGAUGUUAGUCCAAGGUAUUCUUAUCACACAUCGAAAAGCAUAGCAGAUAAAACAAUAUCCCAAAGUAACACAGAACUGGGAUUCAAAUUAGUUGAUACUUUGCCAGUAAAUACUACUCGAUCACUUGCCAGAUUUGCAAGAAUAUUUAACGAAAACGGGGAAGAACUGAAUUCUCCAGUGGCUGAGCCCCAAAAACCUUCGAACAGUAAUGACAAUCCAAUAGUAUAUUCUCUUGGCAGAGUUUGAUUUAAGAAAAUUCAAAGUAACUUUACUGACUUAAAUCAACAUUCAACAAGUGAAGGUGAUGAUACUAAUCCAAGAAAUUCUUAUCACACAUCGAAAAGCAUAGCAAAUAAAACAAAAUCCUAAAGUACAGAACUAGGUUUCAAAUUAAUUACUUUGCCAAUAAAUACAAUUUGAUCACUUUCCAGAUUUACAAGAAUAUUUAAUGAACACGAGGAAGAACUGAAUUCUCCAGUAGCUGAGCCCCAAAAACCUUCGAACAGUAAUAACAAGCCAAUAGUAUAUUCUCUUGGCAGAGUUCGAUUUAAGAAAAUUCAAAGUAACUUUACUGACUUAAAUCAACAUUCAACAAGUGAAGGUGAUGAUACUAAUCCAAGGUAUUCGUAUCACACAUCGAAAAGCAUAGAAAAUAAAAUAAAAUCCUAAAGCAUAGAACUAGAUUUCAAAUUAAUUACUUUGCCAAUAAAUACGAUUCGAUCACUUUCCAGAUUUGCUAGAAUACUUAGCGAAAACGAUGAAAAAUUAAAUUCUCCAGUUGAAGAGCUUCCAAAACCUUCGAACAAUAGUAUGUUCGCUUGACAUAAUUUAAUUUUUGAGAAAUUCAACGUAAUUUUACUCACUUACAUCAAUAUUUAAUUAAGAUGAUGAUACUAGUCUAAAGUAUUGUAAUCACGUAUCGAAAUAUUUAGCUUAUAAAAUAAAAUCCCAAACUAACGCAUAACUAGAAUUUAGAUUAACUGAUAAGAUGAUAAGUAUAACCAAAUAAUACACUUCACUGAUCCUAGUCCCAGUCACUUUUUAGGUUUGAAGGGAGGGUUAAAUGUCAACACUAUCAACGUUAUAUUAAAAAUAAAAAAUGCGUAAAUUGGGAUGAAAAUAACUCGUGUCAAGUGACUAUUAUGUAAUGAUGCCUACAAACAUUUUAAGAAAAUCUAACAUUACUUUAAAUACAAAAGAACAAAAUUCAUUGUACUGAUUGUUUAAUACUAUCGUUUUUAUCUUAAUUCAUUUAUCGAACACCAUUAAUCUUAUUUUUAAAUUAAAGUUUGUCCUAAGUAAAUAAUUAAAAAUUUAAUAAAUUUUCUAAGUGCUAUGUGCAGCACGCAAAUUUACAAAUUUGAAUUUUUUUAUUUAUUAAUUCAUUUUUAAGCUUCAGAAAUUAGGAUGGUGAUCAAAUACAAUGGAUGAUACAAUCUAGAUAUUAUAUUCACAAAUUUAAAAAAAAAAUUAAAUACUGAUGAUCAUUAAUAUGAGAGUUUGUAACAUGAUUAUUAACGCGUAAAAUAAAGUAAAAAUUUUAUUUCGACCCAUUUAUCUCGAGAAUGAUUCACUAUUUUUCACCGUAACCGCCAUUUUUCAAGAAAACGUAAAUUCAGGGGGAAAUUGACCAACAGCUUGACAUAAUAUGAUUUUUCUUUUAGAAAAAUAAUUAAUGUGUAAAAAAUGUAACUGUGUUAAAAAUAAUUCAAGUUUAUAAUUAUUUACUGUUAUUUUAACGAAUCAAAAUUAUUUAAAAUCAGAACAAUAAAAACAUUUAUCAAAAACAACAAAACAAUAUGCUUUAAAAAAAAAACAAUAACAAGUACAAGUGACCUUAAAACUCACACCAAGUGUCAUACAUGUUGAGCUGCAGCAGAAUUUAACCAACGAAAAUGCACUAACAAUAUCUGUAUAAAUGCACACUAAUAGUAAUUUUUUUUUUUUUUUUUGAAGUUAUUUUAGUAGUGAUUUUUGAAAUGUUUUAAACGUGUAAACGUGAUCAUGUUAGAAAGGUGUAGGUAAUUUGUGCAAGUAAAACUUCAUUUCAACUAAAUAUCUCUGUUUUACAUUAUUUUAGAAUAUAUUAUAAAUGCAUUGUGUGUAUAUGACAGAAUAAGCAUGACAAUUUUUGUUAAAUCUACUAAAAAUAAACUGUCUUUUAAAAACUAUUGUGCCAAAAUUCAUGUAUGUUAUACGCUUAAUAUGCCUUCUUAUAUGCCCAAUAAAGACAUAGAACAUA